CCUCUCCCCGCAGGUCCGGCCAGCUCCGGGAGGAUGUUCCAGAGCCUGGCCUUGGCCCCCAGCUCCGGUCAGGCCCCCUACGCGGACCCCGGCGCCUUCCUGCACGCGCCGGGCGCCGGCUCCCCGGUGUUCGUGCCGCCGGCGCGCGUCCCCUCCAUGCUGCCCUACCUGCCGGCGCGCGAGCCGGGCGCGCAGCCCUCCGCGCUGGCCGCACACCCCGGGUGGGCGCAGGCGGCCCCGGCGGCCCCGGUGGCCUUCGCCUCCGGCAGCCCGCGCACAACGGCCUCGCAGCCCGGGGCCGCCGCCUUCUCCUUCGCGCACGGCCCCCCGGCGCCGGGCUGCGGUGGCGCGGGCGGCAGGGACGGCGCCUACCCCGGCGCGCUGCAGGCCCGCGACCCGUACCCGGCCCCGCUCGGGCGACCCGUGGGCGCCGCGUACCCCGCCGCGUACCCGGCCUACGUGAGCCCCGAGGUGGCGCCGCCCUGGGCCUCCGGACCCUUCGAGGGCAGCGUCCUGCACAGCCUGCAGGGCCGCCCGGCCGGCCUUCCGGGCCGCAGAGCCGCCGUGGUGCCUGACUUCGUGGAGGAGUUCCCUGGCGAGGGUCGCGAGUGUGUCAACUGCGGGGCCCUGUCCACUCCGCUCUGGCGCCGGGACGGCACCGGGCACUACCUGUGCAACGCCUGCGGCCUCUACCACAAGAUGAACGGAGUCAACCGGCCGCUGGUGCGGCCCCAGAAGCGCCUGUCCUCCACCCGCCGGGCCGGCCUCUGCUGCACCAACUGCCACACGACCACCACCACCCUGUGGCGGCGCAGCGCGGAGGGCGAGCCCGUGUGCAACGCCUGCGGGCUCUACACCAAGCUGCACGGGGUGCCCCGGCCGCUGGCGAUGAAGAAGGAAAGCAUCCAGACUCGGAAGCGGAAGCCUAAGAAUGUUGCCAAGACCAAGGACUCCUCAGGGUGCCCAGGGAACGCCACUGCCUCCCGGCCAUCCUCCCUCCCCAUCCCUGAGAGCUCAGCGGCCACUUUGACACCCAAGCCCAGCCUGGCAUCCCCUACUUGCUCUGGGCCCUGUGUCGCCACCCAGGCCUCCAGCCAGGUGGACGGCCCCCUGGCCUCCAGUCACUUGGAGUUCAAAUUCGAGCCUGAGGACUUCCCCCUCCCCUCCAUGGCCCUGGGCUCCCAGGCCGGCCUGGGAGGGGCCCUGCACCAGGAGGCCUGGUGUGCACUGGCCUUGGCCUAGAUUCCCAGUCACCCACCAGACCCACCUCGUGACCUGCGUUGCUCCAGCACAAGGGACAGCCCACCGGCCACCCGCCAGGCCACCCGCAGGAGAGACAGCAGCCAGCAGGACCUCGAGGGGCUGGGCAGGUGGCGGAGAAGCCUGGGCAGAUGGCAGUCAGGCCCCGGAGUGGAGAGAAGGCCUUGGGGACAGAGGCUCGUGCCCCCCACAAUAAGGGACCCCCAAGCUGCACGAGGCUCCACACCACUCUGACCAGGGGUGUCUACCGCCAACCUGAAUUCUGUUGUCAACACUCGCCACCUCCAUGUUCACAGGUGAUAGCUGUUGGGAAAAACUCAACCUUUUGUUGUGAAACCAGGAUCACAGAUGGAACGGCCAAGGCCAGGAAGUCGCCCCUCCUCCGAGCGGAGGACUGCCAGGGGCAGGUGUGCAGCCCGUGCACGUGCCACCUUCCUUCCCCCUCCCCACACCGGGGAAGCCCUGCCCCUCCCAGUCCAGCAAAGACCUUGUUCUGCGUGAACCUGUGUGUGAGCAUCUCUGACGGGCAGAGUGCAGGACCUGAGCCCGUUCCCACCCAUGGGCUGCUGGUGGGAGGAGCGCCAUCCGGGCUGGCCUGCCGUCCCCUGGCCAUAUCACUCCCUUUCUCCUGCAAAGCCCUUCGCAGGCGGGGGGUGAAGUUGGUCCUGCCAGCUGGACACAGCUCUGCCCACAGCUGAUGGGGCACGCCCUGCCGAGGACCCCGGCACUUGUGCCCAGAAGCUACUUGAACCAACAAGGCCUCUGAGUUUUUCAGGGAAGCCAGAACUGGAAUUU